UUUGGGCUCAGCUAUUUUUUUUAUAUACAUUUGGAUUUCAACAAACUAUUAAAUAAAUAAUUUAAAUGAACUCUUCUAACACCGUAAUUUAAAAUUCGCACUAAUCUCUUUCUUAGACUAGUAAGAGUUUACACAAGACAAGGGGGUUUGCAUAUCCGCAAGGGUUUCUGGAUCGCGGCGCGUGCGAACUCUAAUCCACCUUUGAUGCUCUCGAGCUCCAAACUUUGCCUUAUUUUUUGAUGGCAAGACUGAAUAAUGCCAGUCUAGCAUGGCUGUCUCUACAACUCAUGCCAUCCCUGGACCGACAUGGCAUUUAGCCGCGUCUUUUCGGACCCUCCGUCCAAGAGCAUCUUUAGGACCUUCGCGGUCAUGUUGCUGUCUAUACUCGCGUCUUUAUACUUUCUCCACUGCCUCGCGGAGCGAUGCGGGACCUGUAUCCCCAUGGAGAGAAGAGAAACGGGUCCGGUGGAGGGAUUUUACGUCUCGAAACUGAAAGAUUUUGAGUCGCUGAGGAGAAAGAGACUUAAGAAAUGGACCUCCACGAGACCUCUGGUGAUGAGGCGCCACAGGGUCAGUGAAGAAAAUCUUCCUGGACUUGAGGCAAACGUAAAGCUGUCGAACUCUUUGGAUGUACAUUUGGAGCCGGGAGGCUCGUAUUUAGAUACAGGUAAACUGAGGACGUUAGGUGAGGGCAGUAAGAAGCUGCCACAGGCAAUCAUCAUCGGCGUGAAAAAAGGCGGAACGCGCGCGCUGCUGGAGUUUCUGCGCGUGCAUCCAGAUAUUCGCGCGGUCGGAGUGGAGCCGCACUUCUUCGACCGUAACUAUGACAACGGACUGGAAUGGUACAGGGACCUGAUGCCUAAAACCCUGGAAGGCCAGAUCACCAUGGAGAAAACACCAAGCUACUUUGUGACCCACGAGGCUCCAGCCCGGAUCUACGCCAUGUCCCGCGACACCAAGCUGAUUGUGGUGGUCCGGGACCCCGUCACACGAGCCAUCUCUGACUACACACAGACACUCUCCAAGAAGCCUGACAUUCCUACUUUUGAGAGCCUGACGUUCAAAAACAGGACUACAGGGUUGAUCGACACCUCGUGGAGCGCCAUUCAGAUCGGCAUUUAUGCCAAACACCUGGACAACUGGCUGCAGUUCUUCCCCAUGAGCCAGAUCCUGUUCGUGAGCGGAGAGCGGCUGAUCAGUGACCCGGCCGGAGAGCUGGGCCGUGUGCAGGACUUUUUGGGGCUCAAGAGGAUCAUCACAGACAAACACUUCUACUUCAACCAGACCAAGGGUUUCCCUUGUCUCAAAAAGGCAGAGGGCAGCAGCAAGCCCCAUUGCCUGGGUAAGACCAAAGGGCGGACCCAUCCAAACAUUAACCCUGAGGUUGUGCAGAGACUUAGAGACUUCUACAGGCCUUUCAACAUGAAGUUCUACCAGAUGAGUGGCAGGAAAUUUGGAUGGGAUGACUGAUAGUGAACAGUGAAAUAGAUCCUGGAUUUGGGAGAAACAAUUAUACUGUGACCUCACAAGCAAAAAAAAAUUAAUAAAAUCUAACUAUUAUAUCCCCAAAAGUGGUCCAAUCUGGUUGUGGAAAAUUAUAGUAAAAUCCACAUACAACUCAAGUUAGAUACAGAACACUAUGAACAAAUGUCAGAAACAGGAGUUAACAUUGCUAUUACUGUUCCAGAUUCUAUUUAACUUCAGAUUCCAGAUUCAAAAUUACAUUUUGACCAUUUAGAACAGUCAAAAAGAUACAGACAAAAAGAGGUUUAAACUUUGCCUUUUGUGAAUAGUACGCAUUUUUUAUCCCAAUCAGACUUUAGCCAUAUUUGUCAUUUAAACAGCCAUAUAUUGUACCGUAAGAGGAUCUAGAAGAGACACCUGAAAGCUAAAGAGAUCCACUCUAGAACUAUGCAUUUGGACGCUGAACUGUGAAUUAUCCAGAAUUAUAUGUCUGGAGUUGGAGAUCAGAUUUGUUUUUUGCCAUAUUUAAUGUAGAAAGCUCCAGCUGCUUAUAUACCUUUGCAAUUGCUUGGAAGAAAAUA